AUGACGGAGAAGGAUGCCGCCCAGCAGCGUGCCCUUCUCGCGAGGAGGCUGAGCCCACACUCUGUGCCUGGCGAUAGGGGAAGCAGCAGCAGGGGUAGCUACGAGACAGGCGAGUCGAGCACCGCCGGGAGUGUUGUCAAUGACACAACCCUCUUGCCGUCGUUUGACGAGUCGACCGGUCGCCGCAUACAUUCGUCGAACCCCCGAGAGGCCGAAAACACAAACGGCUUCCAUGGCAAGGAUGCGAGAAAACAACGGGCGUCUAGGCAUCGCUCCAACGGAGCCUUCCUGCUACAGGAUGCCAUCCGCAAUGACGACGACUCCGAUGGCGACCAAGCGCCUCGCCUUCGUCACGUACGCAACCUUCCGCCCGUUCGCAGGACGCAGGAAUAUGGGAAAGCAUCAGACAAGUCGGGAUCCAGCACUGGCCGCGACGGCGGGCUUGACAUCUCACCGCUGGAUAGUCCGCCGAGACGAAACGGUGACACCUCGCCAAUGUACCCUACACACAAUCCCGCCGCCGCCCGGAAACGAGAUGCCUCAAAUGGCAGGCCUCUCUCAGGAUCGAGCUUCAUGUCCGCCACCAACACCCCUCUCGAUAUCGACUCUGCGCAGAUUGUGAACAUGGCCCUGAACCUGAGCGAAUCAAGGAGACAGGUCUCGCGGAGGAUAGCACCGCCCCAGGCGGUUCCGACUCUGGCCCACCUUCCUGACGCCACGACGGGCCCCAACCUCAAGAACCAUUUACAGCAACAGAGGAGAAUAUCGCGAACGAGGUCUCCGGGGCCCGACAGGGCGCUGACGCCGCGCCUCCCCUCUACCGGGAUCCUGAGCAGCCCACUGCAGGCGACAUUCGACAUGGGCCGCGAGGGCUCCUUUCGCAAUCACUUCACUGCGUCGACCUUGGCACGAGUGCAAAAGGCCAAGGAACAUUUGGAACUCAUGGCCCAAUACAGACGUCUCUUGGAGCUGGUGCCACCCAUACAACCGCCUCAUCAACAUAAUCACCAUCAUCUUCUUCAUCAUCAUCACAGCCGCCCGACAACCGCUAGCCCCCCCGCCUCCUCAGGAGGUAUUGCUAAAAUCCCGACCUAUGGCAGCUCCGAGGGUAGCGUGCGGCUCGGGCGGCCGUAUAACCCAUUGCAGUACAUUCGAAACAGAAAGGUUCGAGCCCGAGAGCGCAAGGCCAUCGACGGGGAGGGCCAGGGGUUCGGUGACAUAAUAAAGGUUGCCGACUGGGUCGACGAGGUGGCCAGAUGGGCCGCCACAGGUCAAACAAACGCAGAGGGCUGCACGCUUCCGCCCUUCGCUGACGCAGAUGCCUCGGAACGGCAGAAUGCUACUCAGCUGGCGGCCAACGCCAACAAACCAAGAAGGCCCAGGCUCGACUGGGUCAUAGACGCGGCGGACCUGCUGGCCGAUGCCUACUGGCUGGAGCAGGACCAUCACAAGCAGUUAAUCGAGAACCGUCACUGGCGGCGCAUAUUUCCCCAGAACGUCGACCUUCACAGACCCCUGUCGAGGCAGAACGGGGAAUACGGGAGCGAAUCCGGGCAAACGCCAGGGCACAAAGAGAACGAAGAGUCCUUGCCUGCAGGCGACCCUAGGACCAGCAACCCGAAGCUGGCCAAGUCGGAUACGGACCACUCUACGGCCAGCGCCCGGGAUCGCGCUCGUCAAAAGCUGCAUGAUCUUACGGGUCAUCAUCACCACCGCCACAGCAGCUCCAUGCAUAGCCAUCACGAGUGGCGGCACGGGAAGGCAUCCUCGGACCUGUCGGACAGCGAGAACGAGGGCAAGCCCAAGAAAGAAAAGAGGAACCGGGCAGGCACACUCACCAGCAGCCACCAAGACAUCCUGGAAAAGCAGAUGCUCGAGAUGAUCGCCAUGGAGGCGAGAGAGAACGGUCACCAAAAGCCACAGGGAUCGGGUUACGUGACGCCAGAGCGAAACGUCGGGGACAGGUCGCAUCCACAGUCCCGGCAACACAGCCGAAAGCCGUCCAUCGCCGACUUCAGCGAGUCUGACGAGAGAAAGAGUAAGGAAAAGCCUCGCUUCACCCCGGUGCACCUCCAGCGCCAGACAAGGGCCAGCCUGGAGAUUCCGACGACGCUUGGCGGGCGGGGCUCAUUUGAGGUUGACUCGUCGCUGCCCAACUCCCCCGACGGCGCCGCGCGCGGAGACCCUUUCAUCCCGGCGCUUGGCGGAGAUCUUUCGGCGGCAUCUAGCCGUGGCAACUCUCCGACCCGAAACCCCUUCACCAAGGUCAGGCAGAUCUUCCGCGAGCGCAGUAGGGAACGAGCCGGUGACCGCAUCUCGGAAGAGAAGUCAAGCGCCGAAUACCUGCCCAGCGCUCCCAGGACACCGUUCGAGGCCUCGCCGGAAUCGUCGGGAGAGCGCAGAUCGACAGACAGGCGGGGGUCGUCCAGGAGCCCACCCCCUCGCAAGGUCGUGCAGCGUCAGACGGGCGAGAGCCACAAGUCCCAUCGCAGCAUUACUAGCAUCAAGCUGCGCAGCGACGAACCUGGCGUUCGGGGCAUCUUCAGAGGAGCCCGUAUCGACAACGUCAUCCGCGGCGGCGUAUCGAAGCUCGGUGACCUGAUCUGGCGUAAGGAGUCGGACAUUGGUGAUGUUCCCUCCGAGGCGGAGGGCACGACGACGGACGACUCGGACACGGAGCAGAGGGGCAGAAAAAGAGGCGAGACGCCUCUGUCUCGAACGGCCUCGAUCAGAAGCCAAGGAAUGCGCCAGCAGAACCCCAAGACCUACUUGGACGUCAUGCCAGCCUUCGAGCCCACGUCUCAAGACAAGUUGAGGCACACGCAGAGCGAGCCGCUAGAUCUGCCGGACAAUUCGCCGCCCUCGGCGAGCCGUAAGUCGCCUCGCUUCGACAGGCUCAAGCCGCCACGUAUCGACAUCAUGAGCGCGUCGCCAACCUCGUCAAACGGUUCAGCAGCCAAACGGUUAUCGGACGUCUCCGAACUGGAGCCUCUGUCCGGGGGGCGCAUCCCCGGCGUGAAGGAAGCGGACAAGCGCUUCAAACCCAUCAUCACCGUGUCACCCUUUGCACCUAAUGGGCGGCCCAGAUCUGGGUCCAACCGCAGCCGACACUGGUCGAUCUCGGACUACAGCCCGGCACCGGAACGAGCUCCCAUGUCGAAGCGAGAGAUCGCCCGCCUGCGCGCCCUUGUCUUGAGCUCCGGCAUCAAGGCCAUGGAGAUUACGCGCCGCGCCAACGAGCCCCACGCCGUGUUCGCGGACCGGCAGACGCCGUCGCAGAACGACGUCCAAGUCGCCAACAUCUUUUGGCCCGAGAUUGCGAAACUGAGUCCCGACCCCGACGGUGUGCGCAAAAAGGCCGUCCCCCAGACGGAGCUCUACCAAUUCGCCGCUACGACCCUGGGCAGCUCCAUCAGGUGCUCCGGCCAGGAGUGGCAAAAGACGGCCGACCUCUUCGUGUCAGACACGGUGCCCUCCCUGCACCGACGCGUCGAAGACGUGCGCAGGCGCGUCGCCACGGACCUGUCGGCCAUGACGCGCGCGGCGGCGGACGAGGCGGACGAGACGAGCCGCGACCUCACGCUGGGCCAGAGGCUGAAGAUCAAGCACACGCUCGACGUCAUCGAGACGAUGCUGCGGCGGCGGCGGCGUAGGUUCCGCUGGGUCCGUCGCGCCAUGUGGCUCGCCGUCGAGUGGGUGCUCGUGGGCUUCAUGUGGUACGUGUGGUUCGUCGUCAUGAUCCUGCGGGUGUUUUGGGGCGUCGGGAAGGGCGUCGUGGGGGCCGUGAGGUGGCUGCUGUGGCUGUGA